GCGCGCGCCCGUGGUCCCAGCUACUGGGCAGGCCGAGGCAGGAGGAUCGCUUGGGCCCGAGAAGUCGAGGCUGUGGGGAGCCCUGGUCGCCACUGCACUCCAGCCUGGGCCACAGAGCGAACCCCGUCUCUGAAAAACGCAGCAGGGGUGACCGAGGCCCAUGCAUCGCCCGUGCGGAGCAUUUUGGGGGUGCCCGUGGCGCCCACGGGCCCUCCUGAGUAACGCGGCUGGGUCCAGGCCGUCCCGGGGGCUCGGCUCAGCUCGGUUCGGCUCGGGAAGGCGCGGAGCCUGGGGGCGCGGACGAGUCCUCCAAGGCGGCCCCUCGAGUCCCUGCAGGUGCAGCGCCCGCCUCUCCGCUCCGCCUCCGCCUCCGCCUCCGCCUCCGCCCUGGAACGCAGCGCGCUCCGCCCGAGGCCUCCCGGCGGCCCACACAGCAAUCGCGGAGCUUAGCUGCCGCCACCUCGCGCCGGGUCCGCGCGGCCCACGGAACCCCCCUGAAGCUCCCGGCCCACGAUCCACAUGGACGCGCGGGGCCCUGAAGCCCCCGGCGGGCGCGCGCUGCGGGAUGCGCUGAAGACCUAACUGCAGCAUGACUGUGUUUGGAGAUGGGGCCUCUACAGAAGUCAUUAAGGUUACAGGGGUCCUGAGGGUGGGGCCCUCAUCCAACAGGAUUCGUCUUUCUGAGAAGACACGCCAGGGGCUCACCUGCUCUCCCCCUGUGCCUGCACCAGAGAAGGCGGCCAUCGGCAAGCCAAGGAGAGCCCUCCCCAGAAAUCACACGGACCGGCACCCUGAUCUGGGACUUCCAGAAAACAGAACUGUGAAAAGACGAGUUUCUGUUGUUUAAACCAACCAAUCUGAAGUCUUGUUACGGCAGUCCUGGGCAGACUAAUACAAUAUGCAACACAUUUACAAUAAAUACACAAUAAACACACAAUAAACUUACAAAUG